UGGAAAAUCAAAGUUGGGAGAAGGUUUGGAGUUAUAAGAAGCACGAGCAUUAUCAAAAAGUGUUAUAUGUGAGUUGUUCUUUCCCAACGCUGACCACGCAAGGAUACACAUACGUAUCUUGGUCCAUACAAACACCUCAGCAAACACACACACACACAUAUAGACCUAUAUAUAUCUUCCCCUUCAUGUCCUAUGAACACAAACAUUUCAGAGCAACGGUUGAUAGGUUAACACACAAACACACAUAAAUGCCGAGUUACAUUUCCUUCAUCGUGUUGCUCUACAUAUUUCUUUUAUCUUUUUCUCCCCAAACGACCUUUGUCAAUGCAUCUAGACCAUUAUGGGUAUCCAAUAAGUCAGGCCACACGAGCUUGAAUACAUUUUACACAAGCGGUAGUGAGCAAGGCAAACUUCACGAUGGAGCGAUGAAUGAUUGUCUGCCAAAGGGAUUUCGCUUCAACUCUGCUCCUAGCCGCUACAUAAACAGCCAUGCUUUAGGUUCAACACUAUGUUCUACAACAACUAAAGCCAUUCAUAAGCCAUAAAAUAAUUAAUAAAGGCUCUAGGCAUCUCAUGAAUUUAUAUAUUUCACCUUUGCUUGGGUUUAGUUCUUGAAUAACCCAUGUAUGUAUUCCUUAAUUUGUUGUUGUGCUUGUAUUAUUGUAUAUAUAAUAUUAUCAAGCAGUACUGUCACAUAGAACAUAUAUGAAAAAAAAUUAUACUGUUGUUUCUUUUAAGCGUUUUCUUGCGAAUAUGUAUAUGGUUUUAUGGUCCCACAUUUUGAUAAUUCUGCUCUCAUUAAGACGUAUGCAAGAACCUUAAUUGGGAGAUGCAUGAAUCCAGCUGAGCAAGAGAUGCCGGCGCUGUUGCAGAACAUCCCAAAGAUUUGGAAGCUGGAGGAUCGUGUGGUGGGCACAGAUUUGGGUCACGGGAAGUUCCAGUUUGAUUUUCAGACGGAGGAAGAGAUCGAAGCCGUGCUGAAGCUGCAACCAUAUCAUUUCGAUUACUGGAUGCUGGCGAUUGCAAGGUGGCAGCCUAGGAAGUCACAGUUGUUUCCGUCCGAGAUUCCAUUUUGGGUUCGGGUGCGAGGUGUUCCAAUGGAGUUCAAGACGCUCCCCACUUUCGAGAGCAUUGGUGGUGCCCUUGGGAGAUUAAUAUCCGUGGAUCUUGAGCUCUCAAGAGUUCACGUAGUAGUGGAUGGGUUUCAACAACUCUGUUUGGAGACCACUGUGGAUUUUAAAGGAGGAGAGUUUUAUGAUGGGGAGGAAGUGACGAUCACUCUACGGUAUGAGAAGCUGUUUGGAUUUUGCUCAAUCUGUGCUAGUUUGUGCCACAAGGAUGAGAAGUGUCCUCUUGCUCCACCAGCGGUGAAGCAGAGUCCGGAGAAGAAAAGAGAGAAGAGAGAUGGUAAUAGCGGGUGGUUUGAAGGUGGCAAGCACGAGGAGAGGGCCAGGAGUUACAAGGGUGUUGUCAUAAACGGGAAUGCCGGAAACCAGCAGAAGGAAAGAGAUGGGAGAGAGUAUUAUGGUAAGGGUAAAGGAAAGAUGGUGGAAGAGAAUGAUAACAAAUGGAGGCGUGUAGCUGAGAAAGGGAACAAGAACUCAAUUAAUAAUCGGGGAACUUACAGAGGGGAUGGAGAGGGGUCUAGGCAGAGAAUGCCACGUAGGGAGGACGAAAGAGGAGUUGCUCAGGAGGAAAGGAGUAGGGGCAUACCUGGAAAAGCAACUGGACAAGCAGGAGAUCAACUGGUAAAGAGAGGACCUUGCGUGGAGGAACGGGAGGAGGGGGAACUACAAUGUUCGGAAGCUAAAGUGGGCAAAGAUAAUAAGCUAGUUCAGAUAGUCCAACAGGAGGCACCUUCCCUUGAGUUCCAAGAGGAGCUUGCUAAGACUCAAGCUAUAGGAGCAGCUGUCAUCUCGGAUCCAAUGGACACUGAGAAUGGACUACAAGCAGUGAAUAGUUUGAUAGGCAAUGUCAAUGAGGUUGAGGAUGGUGGGGAUACGUAUCGGAUCAUGGAUAUGGAUGAGAUAAGGGCGGUUUUCUUAGAGCAUGGUGUGGACAUGGACGCGGCUGAUCUUGAGGAAUGUUCUGAAGGGGAGAUGGCUGAAGCAUUGAGAGAGUUAGAGCAGGCAAGUGGAGAGGACAACCGCGAGGUUGAACAAGUGACUAAUGUUGAAGCUGAAAAGGAUAUGGCUGAUGGGGAUGUGGGAAAGAAAAAUGGAUCUCGCAAGAGGUUGUUCAAGCCGACGAUAAGCACUGCAGCUAGUACAAAGAUGAGACUUGCCAAGGCUUUGGUCUCCCCACGCAAAAGGGCUGUAGGUAAAACUGGAACUCGCCAUGGUGAACCUGGUAAGCAGAUGGAGAAUAAGGGCCCCUCAAUCCCGAAGCUGGGACCUCCUAAACCAUAAUUUUAUGGAUCAGAGUAUAAGAAAGAAAAGGAGAGAGCAGGGGAUGGCUCGUGGUGGUAGUGGAAAAGUACGUUCGUACUAUGGAUGGGAGUUAGGAAGCGAGUUGGUUCCCUGCAGAAAGCGGGUCUGAAGGCAAUGUUUGGGUCUUCCUUUGGCGCAAAUUUGUUGGUUUUUGGAAUGGUUUAUUGGUUUGGAAACCGGGAUGAGGAAUUCAGAAUCUUUUUCUGGAUGCGAUUACUCU